AAUCCCUCAGUUACUUAACAAUCUUCCGUUGAAAAUGUCAAAAAUUUUGCUUUGUUUGUGCAUCAUUACCGCAUCUCUGGCUCUUGAGUUGCAAAAGUGCAAAGAAGGCGAUUCGGAUUGCAUUCUCAAUACCAUCAACAAUCAAGUGCUCCCGUACGGUAAAUAUGGCGUGCCAUCGAUGCAUAUUCCGCCGUUGGAUCCGUUAAAAGUCAAAACUUUGACGAUCGAGCAAGGAGGUUCGAGUUCUGUCAAUGUAAAACUUUAUUUCCGUGAUUUGGAAUAUGAGGGAUUCAGUCGGGCGAGAAUGCAAAGGUUUAAGAUGAAAGAUGGAAAGUUGAAUUUUGAUGCUCAUGUCCCGAUUGUCACUCAGAUGGGGCAGUACAAGAUUUCGGGAAAUGUUUUGAUUUUGCCAAUUAGCGGAAAUGGCUUGAGUAAUAUGACGUUUGUGGAUUCUUUGGUGAAAUUUCGAUCGACAACGAAAAUGGUUGAAAGGAAUGGAGAGCAGUAUAUUCAAAUUGAUCAAGCAAAGUUGAGAAUUACGACAUCGAGACUCUACUAUCAGUUCAACAACCUCUUCAACGGCAACCAAGCCUUAGGUGACAACAUGAAUCGCUUCCUGAACCGCAACUGGGAAACAAUUUUUACCGAAACUCGUGAACCCAUUCAGAACUCCUUCAGCGACGUUGUCAAGAAUUACAUUAACAACAACGUUCUAAACGACUCGAAAAAACUUGUUCUUGGAUUAUUUUUUAACAAAAUUUUAAUUUUUUUCUACGUGUUGUCAAACAUGAAGUCUAUUUUGCUACUUUUGGCGGCACUUGUGUCAUUAUCGGCAGCUGCUUUCCCAACUUCGAGCCUCCCCCAAUGCAAACGGGGCGACACAAAAUGCAUCAUGGACCUCAUCAAUAACGUCGCCUUCCGAAAAUUGUACAACGGAUUGCCGGAAUUGGGCAUGGCAUCGAUGGAUCCCCUCAAAGCGGAUCGUCUUACCAUCGAGCAAGGCGGCAAUAGUCCCGUCAGGAUCAAAUUGUACUUCAAAGAUGUCAUCUACAACGGAUUGCGAAAUGGACAAAUUACCAAAUUGGAAGGAUUUGGCGACACCAUCGACAAGUCACGAUUCAAUUUUGAGAUUAAAUUGCCGAUUGUCACGCAACUUGGCGCGUACAAAAUUAACGGACAAGUUUUGAUUUUGCCGAUCCAGGGCACGGGUCAGAGUAACAUGACGUUCGUUAAUCCCUCUAUGAAAUUCCGCUCGGUGCUGAAGGUCGUCAAUAAAAACGGACAGGAGUACAUGCAAAUAGAAAAGGCAAAAAUUAAUAUUGAGACAUCAAGACUCAUCAUGCAUUUCACAAACUUGUUUAACGGAGAUAAGGCUUUAGGUGACAACAUGAAUCUCUUCUUGAAUGAAAACUGGAAAGAUAUCUUUGCGGAAACCAAAAAGUCUAUCGAAAACGCGUUUGUAAAUGUCAUUAAAAAUUACAUCAAUGAUGUGUUCAAUGUGCUCCCUUACAAGGAAUUAUUUGCACAAUAAAUGGGUGAAUGACGACUGGCUACUGUGAUAAAAGCAAAAAAAAAAAAUUAUUGGCUAUGAUAUUUUUUUUACCCUCUAUGAAUGUCAAGGCAUUUAAUGAAUAAAUUAUUUUUUAUCUAAAUUUCGAGAGAAUUUUAUUCAUCUAAGUCUGUGAUGAUAAAUGAUGUCGUAAAUUUUAUGUUUCUUCGUAUGUUGAUCGUCAAAAGAUAUUUAUUGCCUUUUCUCGAUAAUUUAAUGUGAAUUUA